GUAUAUUCAAAAAUAUAUUCUCAACUUUAAAUUGCAACAGUAAACAUGUACAAGGCUGUGCUUUUGGUCUGCGUUCAGGCGCUCACGAUCCAGUCAAUCGCUUCUCAGUGUAUUGGCGCUGGAUUUGCUGCAGCUCCCUGGGCAUCAGUCGCACCCUGCGCUGCCGCUGCUCCUUUAGCAGUAGCUGCUGGUCCCUGUGGUGCUUACGGCCCAGCUGCUUUUGCUGCUUCCAAUGGAGGCGGUUUUGGAGUAUCAAGCGCAUCUCCCAUCCCAGCAACUGGUGUAUCUGUUAUAUCCGAAAACGCAAUUGAAGGAGCCCUCACCGUUACUGGCGUUCUGCCAUUCUUAGGAACAGUGGCUUUAGAUGGUGUACUACCAACUGCUGGUGCUGGCAUUGUCUCAUACGGUUGUGGCAAUGGAGAAGUGGCAAUAGUAGCAGAAGACAUUGCUCCCAUUGGUAUUGGAGCUCCACUUGGCUAUGCUGAUGCCUACGGCUACGGUCCCUAUGGCUACGGAAACGGUCCGCUACCUGGACCUUACUCUCGCCCUGGUUGCGGUUGUGGUGGCCUCAUAUAAAUAGAUAAGGAAAUUAUUAUUUUUUUUAAUAAAGAUUUAUUAAAAA